GUUGCAGUCGGAAAUAUCUUUAACAUAUCGAAUGUGUUACUCAUAGUAAAUCAAUUUUUGACUAUUACAGUUUGUAUUCUUGAGACCUAAUAUAAAAAAUGCCAUUAGAAUUUUACUUUAGUCCGACGAGUCCGUCAUGUCGCGCGGUGUGGAUGUUAUUGGAACAUUUCAAGGGCUGUGGAGCUGAUUAUGAAGAAAAAGUAGUUGACGUACAAUCAGGAGCACACGAGACAGAAGAAUACAGGAAAAUUAAUGUGUUUGAAAAAGUCCCAGGAUUGAAAGAUGGCGAUUUCUGCAUGGGAGAAAGUCGAUCGAUAGCCGCUUACAUUUGUCGACAAUUGGAAGACGAAAAAAAGCAAGAUGCUCUGUAUCCCCAAGAUCCGAAAUGCAAAGCCAAAGUGGACUCUUACCUCUACCGUGAUAUAACAGAAUUAACCAAAGCUUUCGAUUAUCUGAAUAUCGGAGGAGUUUUCUUCCGAGGCGAAACGAAUAUGUGCAAAGAAUACGAAGAGGAUGUAAAAAACUAUCUUGAUGCCGUUGAAAAAUUUCUUACGGAGAAUAAAUUUAUCGCUGGAAACCAUUUGACAGUCGCAGAUUUCUUUGCUUACGUCACUACUGGCUUGAUUUACCAACUCUCGGAAAAUUUUGAAGACAUGAGCUCAUAUCCUAAAAUAUUAGAGUGGAGGAAACAUAUUUCGGAACUAUCCUGUCAUAAGAAAACCUACGAAGAUCCCAUGGAGAUGACUAGAAAUGCAUACAGAGCAAAGAGAGGGCUGCAAUAGUUUAUAAUCUAUUUUAACACCUUUUUGUAAGAAAUUGUGAACUUCCUGCUAUCUCGUGAAUUUUAUAAAUAUAUAUAUAUAUUUAAUUAUAUAAUUUGAAAACCUCGUUUAGAA